GACGAAAACAGUAAUUAACUCUUUGAGUACAGAGGUACAAGAUGAACAAACAGCCAUUAGAGACAUAACUUACUUCCUUCCAGAUAUUUGCAUGAUCAAUACGAGCACGGACAUCAAAUCAAAAUUUAACUCCGUUCCAAAAUCAUCCAUUUCACGUCCGGCAUCAUUCUUAAAAAAAAACCACACCUUGUCAUUGAAUGGUGUAAACUAACCGUAUCAGCUAUGUCUGUAUCUAAUCACCAUCGUUCAAAUUCCGACGGAAAGCAACGGCGGUUAUUUCCGUUUUGGCAAUCGUCGACAAAUAAUCUUCAAUUUCAGAGUAACAAUAGCAACGGAAACGGUGUCGUAUCGACUGGCCGUUCUUCAAAUAAGUUGUCAUCGGUGGCGAAAUCUCUUCUGCCAGCUAGGCGACGGCUCCGGCUUGAUCCGGCUAACAAUCUCUACUUUCCGUAUGAGCCUGGUAAACAGGUGAGAAGCGCUGUUCGGAUCAAGAAUCAUAGCAGUUCUCAUGUUGCUUUUAAGUUUCAAACCACCGCACCUAAGAGCUGUUAUAUGCGACCUCCUGGUGGCGUUCUGGCUCCUGGGGAAAGCCUCAUUGCUACAGUUUUUAAGUUUGUUGAGCAACCGGACAAGAACGAAAAACAAUUGGACCAAAGGAGCAAGGUGAAGUUCAAGAUCAUGAGCCUCAAGGUGAAAGAAGGAACAGACUUUGUGCCUGAAUUGUUUGAUGAACAAAAGGAUGAAGUAGUUGUUGAGCGGAUUUUGCGUGUUAUUUUCAUAAAUGCGGAUCGCCCUACCCCAGCAUUGGAAAAACUGAAACAUCAGCUGGCUGAAGCCGAAGCUGAAUUAGAAUUACGGUUACGGAGAAAACCUCAAGUGGAUACUGGUCCAAAAGUUGUGGGCCAAGGGCUUGUUAUUGACGAGUGGAAAGAACGAAGGGAGAAAUACCUUGCUCGACAACAGGUGGAGGCUGUAGAUUUGAUGUGAAGAUUACAUGAUGGAUUUUUUUUAUUAUUAUUAUUACUACUACGUUAUUAUUAUUUUUCAGUUUUAAACGGUAAUAAUAAUGUAAAUUUAUGCUUAUAAAUAAACCGCUUUUACUUUCUUUUCUUUGCAUGUUA